CGUGCAUGGAAGAUAAUGUGAGACCAACGGUAUAUAAAUUAGUUUAAGAACAUCUUCUUAUUGUGAUUUAUAACUGUACGAUGGGGCUAAUACGUCUCUGUGCGUAUUGCGCAAUUUUUUAAGUUAUAUAAAUCGAAGUAUUUGCUUUGAAAGUUGUCACUUUAAUUAAAGUAUAACUUAUAAUUAUAUUGUUACCAAUACGAGUGUAUCAGAAUGGGCAGGCUUAAGAAAAGUAAAGGAAAAAUGAGACUUCAUUUAUCAGACAAAAUGCAGAAAAAAUUGAAGUCCUUUAAAAGAGAAGUUAAAAUUAAUCCUUUUGAGAUUCAAAUUAAUCGACAAAAGCAUCAUGUUCUUGGACAAAGGUUGAAGACAGACAGGGGGCUUCCUGGAGUUUCUAGAAGCAGAGCACUCAAAAAGAGAAAAGAGACUUUGCUUAAGGAAUACAAGUUGAAAAACAAAGCUAACAUUUUUAAAGACAGGCGAAUCGGUGAACAUAAUUUUGAACUUAAGGAGGAUGAAAAAGCUAUUGCUAGGCGUUCACGAAAAAAGAAGCUUAGUAAAACUGACAUUUACAACCUUAAUGAAGAAGAAGAGCUAACACACUUGGGACAGUCCAUUGCAGAAACUGAAAAAUAUGAUGAUCCUAGAAGUGAUUCUGAAGAUGAAGGAACUCAGCUUGGAGCAGAUUUUGUUAAGGAAGUGCACUUUGGUGGAUUUUUGACAAAAAAAGAUGAAAAUGCUGUAGAUUCAAGUGGGAAAUCUCGAAAAGAAAUUAUAGAAGAAAUGAUAGCUCAGAGUAAACAGAAAAAACAUGAACGCCAAACAGAACGUGAAACAACAUUAGAACUAACUGAGAAACUAGAUAGUGACUUUAAAAAGUUCCAAGUUUUGCUUGCAGAUGUAAAAAGAAAGGAAAAAGAAGAAAAAAGUGAAAAAAAUGAUGAUUAUGAUUUAAUGGUAAAAGAGUUAAAAUUUGAGGCUAGAGGUACAGUAUCUGAUCGGUUAAAGACACAGGAAGAACUUGUUAAAGAAGAAAGGGAAAAAUUAGAAAAACUAGAGGCUGAUAGAAAAAGAAGAAUGAAAGGAAUAAUUGAAGAAACUGAAGUCUCAUGUAAGAGUAAACAUGUAUCGGCUGAUGAUUUGGAUGAUGGAUUAUAUCUAGGUGGAGAUGAUGUUCAUAUUCCAGGUGAGCAGAUGAAUGAGGAAGAAAAUACUGAGGAUUCCAUAAAUGAUCAACAAUUAUCCAAUGAAAAGGAAAGUCAUGAAGUUGAUACAGAUAAUACUGAUGAAGCUUCUGGAAAUGAUGAUGAUAAAGACAGUUAUUCAGAUCUUCAGUCAGAAGGUGAGGUAAAUGAAGAGAAGGAUGUUAUUUCUCCUGAUCAUGGAAGUUGUAAAAAAGAUUAUCUUAAAUCAGAUUUGAAAAAAAGGAAAUUUAUAAUGGAAGAGGCUCGAAAAGAACUACCCUACAUAUUUUCUGUUCCUCAGUCAUUUGAAGAAUUUAUGGAGCUGUUGAUUGGUAGGAACCCUGUCGAAACGGGGGUUAUCAUUGAACGAAUCAUUAAGUGUAACCAUCCUGAACUAGUAGCUAAUAAUCAUGCUAAGUUAGAGAGUUUUUUUAGGAUAUUGCUGCAAUAUUUAAAUGAUCUUUGUGUAAGUGAUGACUCCAGCUUAAAUGAAAUAGAUAUUUUAGUCCCUCACCUUUAUACUUUAUCUCAGUUGUCUCCCACAGCUACAGCUCAAAGUGUAUUAGAUGUUAUUCUUGAAAAGCAAGAGAAUUUUGAUAGAAAAUGCAAGAAUAGAAGUAGUGGACAUGUUAGUUACCCUGGCUUGGACAGCUUGAUAUUUCUCAAACUUGUAAGCAUACUUUAUCCAACUUCAGAUUUCCGACAUCCAGUUGUGACAGCAGCAUCACUCUUUAUGAGCCAGCUGCUUACUUCUUGUGUUGUUACCAGAUACAAUGAUAUUUAUAGUGGACUUUUCUUGUGCAACCUAUUUUUAGAGUAUGUAUCAUAUGCCAAACGCUUUGUUCCUGAAGCUAUUAACUUUUUACAAGGAGUUUUAUUUCUUGGUAUCAUUGAAGAAGGUCAGUUCUGUAGUGUGUUUCCUCCUUUUAAACCGUGCAGCAGCUACAUCAAGUUGUCCGUGGUUAAACCACACAAAGAAUGUUGGCAAAGGCCCAGCUUGAUGGCCUCUCGGAUCAGAAGUCAAGUUACGAGUACCGAAAAUGAUCAUAUUGCAUUAUUAUGGUGUGCUGUUCAUCUUUUAAAUCAGUUUUCUUCCUUGUACAGAAGUUUACCCUCAUACUCUGAAAUAUUUUCACCAGUUAUCUUGCUGUGUGAAAAAUUGCCUGUUAAAAUGUUUCCUGACAUUUUUAUUGAAGACUUGCAGAAAUUAAAGCACUGUCAAGAUAAUCAAGUAAAAGCCCCUCUGGUACAAGAACAUAAGAAACCUAAACCUCUGAAGUUGUUUGAGCCAAGAGUUGAAAAAGUUUUUGAUGGUCGAAAACAACAUAGUGGGGGAAAAGAUAAACAGCAGCGAGACAAGUUGUUGCAUAAAUACAAGAGAGAAUUGAAGGGGGCAGUCAGAGAGGUUCGUCGAGAUAAUCAAUUCCUGGCCCGAGAGUGGUUGAACGAGAAGCUGGAAAGGGAUGCAGAAAGAAAAAAGAAAGUAAAAGAACUUUACCAAGGUUUAGCUCAGCAAGAGGGAGAUUUCAAGGCACUGAAAAGAAAGAAAAAAUAAAUAUCUGAUGUAAUAUCCUUGAAAAAUAUGAAAUGUAAUAGAGUAGUUUUAAAAAAUGCAAACUUUCAAGUUGGUUAUUUUACAUUAAGACUUAAAAGGCAUACGUAUGCUAUGGCUAUUAGUACUAACAACUUAAGAAAAACAAGUUUACAAUUGUAUUAAUAGAAACACUACUUAAAGAUUAUGACCAUUAUAAGGCUAAUCUUUGACAGUGUAAUGGUACAAGUUUACAAUUGUAUUAACAGAAACACUACUUAAAGAUUAUGACUAUUAUAAGGCUAAUCUUUGACAGUGUAAUGGUACAAGUUUACUCACUGUGUAACUGCUUAUAUAGAAGUAUUUGGAGGUGAAAGAAACCUUGAAAAUUAGUAUAAUAAGCAUAGUAUUCACCUUUAAGAAACAUCUUAUUUCAUAAUUAUCAAAUGAUGAAUAGAGAAGUGCUAUGCUUCUCAGAAUAUUUUGUUGACAGUAUGAAUUUUGUACAAUUUUAAAAAUCAGAUAAAAGUGAAUUUUCAAAAAUAAUUUAAUUGUUAAACUAAAACCAACAAAUAAACGUUUCACAUUCUGUUCUUUAUAUGUGUAGGUCUUGUAAUAGUUUUGUCACUUUCUCAUACUUGUUACUGCAGUAUUUCAAGAAAUAUAAAGCAAACUAUAGAUUUUUAAAUUUAAUCAUUUACCUGAGUAUUAAAGUGUCAGAAGUUUUGAGCAUUUAAAGCACAAAAAUAUGAACUUGAAAAAGUUGGAAAUUUUAAAAUGGGAUCAGAAAUCUUCAGUAAAAUUGAAAAAAAGCAUGCUGCUUAGCUCCACUAGUUACUUAAUGUCUUGGUUGAUCAAUCUGUGUUAUUUGAACUGGUGAUAGUUAUGUAAUUCAUUGUAUUUGAUGAUAAGUUAAAUAUUAUUUUAAUAAAUAAUAAUACAACAUUUAAUUGUCUGACAUCAAA